AUGGCCCAGCAGUCUGGACAAAGUGCCACACUUUUGGCUGAUAAAAUGGAGGCUGUGGCAAGGCAGCUUCUGUCUUCUGCUGACGCUCUCCGUGUCAAUCCUGCGGCCAAGCAAGACCAUGUCGGAAUUAUCGAGUCUACACAUUCCUUGCUUGCUGAGCUCAAAAACCCUCUGGACAAUGUAAUGGACCAAAUGGUCUGUCUGUCCAAGUUUGCCGCCAUGAGGCUGUUCAUCAAGUGGCGAUUGUUCGACAAGAUUCCCGCCAACGGAACCAUCUCGUACGAAGAACUGGCAAGCAGCAUUGGAGCCAAAAAAGGCUUGAUCACUCGAUUCGGAUCAGCAUUGGUAGCAAAUGGUGUUCUUCAAGAAGUCGAAAAGGGCACAGUUGCGCACACUGCACAGAGCAAGGUGUUGCUCUCUGACAAUCCCAUUAAUGCCCUCAUUUGCCUGGGUUUCGAUGCCCAUCUCAAGACCAUGGCAAGGCUCCCGGAUUAUUUUGACAAGUUUGGCCUUGGCGAGCCUAUAGGUAGAGAAAACACUCCAAUCGCCUUCACAGUCGGCAAUGCUUCCCUCACCAUCUGGGAGCACAUGAACCGCAGCCCGGAGAUGAAGAGAACCUUCAUGCUGGCUAUGCAAGCCAUGGCCACCAGACACGGCAUCAUCGGUGACUAUAGCUUCGAGUGGGUAGUCGACAAGGCUGCCGCAUCGCCAGAUCGACCGCUUGUUGUAGAUGUCGGCGGCAGCAAGGGCCAUGCGCUGGAAGCAAUUGUCGAGGCCACUGGCUUGCCAAUGGAGAGAUGUGUGCUUGAGGACUUGGAGCCCGUACUGGACAUGAUCAGGUCUCAAGCUGAUGGUCUUAUCAAGCAGGCGAAGCUUGUUGCAUUGGAUUUUCAUACCGAGCAGCCCGUCAAGGAAGCUUUGGUGUACUAUAUUCGGCGGUGUCUGCAUGACUACGGCGAUGCUGACUGCAUCAAGAUCCUGAAGCAGAUUUCGAGUGCCAUGGCGUCUGAUAGUCGCAUUUUGAUCGUGGAGGACGUUUUGGGAGACGCGCCAUCUCCUGUGUCGAUUGGAAACGACAUUUUGAUGAUGCUUCUUGGUGGAAAAGAGAGAACGCUAGAGGAAUUUAAGGGUAUUAUGGGCGAGGCUGGUUUGGAGGUGGAGAAGCUGUGGAGGUUCAAAGGGACGGAUUAUGCGAUAAUAGAGGGGAGAAAGGUAAUGCGGCAAGAGGUAAAAUAG